CGUCAUCACAUCAUCCCCACCCAAACUGUGGCACUACACUACACUCUACAGCCAAUCGCAAUUCUCCUUCCAUUCCCCCCCGUCGUCUCGAUUCCGCCGCAAAAGAUGGCGGCCACUCUGCAAUUCGCCGGUUGCAGCUCCAUCUCCGGCGCUAUUGCCGAUGCCCGACGCACUCUCCCCUCCUCUUCGUUUAUCGGCGGAGAUCUGUGCUCCUCGCCCUUCCGCGGAGUUCGCUUGAGUGAUGAGAGGAACUGCAGCGACGCCCGGUUAGCUGCCGGGAGAGUGAGAAUGAGAAGAGCCUCGAUUCGCGCAAUGUCGGCUGGAAAUGGCGCUUCGUCUUCGCCGACGAGGCAUCUGAAUGAGUACAUGGUGACGCUCGAUCGGCCUCUCGGUGUUCGCUUCGCCUUGUCUCUCGAUGGCAAAAUCAUUGUCCAUUCUCUUAAGAGAGGCGGCAAUGCGGAGAAGACGAGACUCGUAAUGGUUGGCGAUACUUUGAAGAAGGCCGGUGGUUCCGCCAGCUCGCUCACGGUGAUUGGUGAUAUCGGUGCAGCGCAGAAGGUGUUAAAGGAGGAUGUUGAUCCCAAUAAACCUAUGACUUUAGUCCUGGAGAGACCAUUCUUUCCUUUCCCAAUUCAUCUACUCGACUUUUCGAGUGAUAUUGGAAGCUUCAAUAGAGGAAGAGUGGCUGUGGUGACUUGGAACAAAUCUCUGCUAGCAUCAGGUCUUCAAAGUAAUGAGGAAAAUGGGAAUUCCGGAUUUGCGUCAUUUUCUUGGAACUUCCUAUCACAUCAUGGGUGGAAGCUUUUGAAUGAUCGAACUGGGAGGAUGGAGUCUCCAGAGUUGAGGUAUAAGACUCAAGUUGUGAGCAUUUUGUCUGAAGAACAGUUUGGAGAUGGAGAAUGGGCUCAUGGGAACUUCCCUCUGGAAGAGUAUGUGGCUGCAUUAGAACGUUCCAAAGAUGAGUUGUACUAUGAUCAUUCUCUUGGUAUGCACUACACUAAGGUUACAGAGCAAAUAUAUGUUGGAUCAUGUCUACAGAAUGAGGAGGAUGUAAAAAGAUUGUCCAGGGCGGGUAUCACUGCAGUAAUAAAUUUCCAGGGUCCUACUGAAGCAGAGAACUGGGGAGUUAACUUGAAUGCAGUAAAUGAGGCGUGCCAAAGGUCUAAUAUCCUAAUGAUCAACUACCCAAUAAGGGAUUUGGAUUCAUUUGAAUUGAGGAAGAAAUUACCUUUUGCUGUUGGCCUCCUGUUCCGCUUAUUGAGAAAAAACCAUCAUGUUUUGAUAACUUGCACUACUGGUUUUGACCGAUCUCCUGCUUGUGUGGUUGCAUAUCUGCACUGGAUUACCGACACUUCCCUUCAUGCAGCGUACAACUAUGUCACUGGUUUCCACGUAUGCAAGCCUGACAGAGCUGCAAUUGCUUGGGCAACAUGGGAUCUGGUUGCUAUGGUGGAAAAUGGGGUGCACGAUGGACCGCCAACACAUGCUGUAACGUUAGUGUGGACUGGGCAAGAGGGGGAGGAUGUGUCCUUGGUUGGAAGCUUUACUGGAAACUGGAAAGAACCUGUCAGGGCAACUCACAAGGGCGGGCCAAGAUUUGAAGUUGAAUUGAGGCUGCCACAAGGAAAGUACUACUACAAGUACAUUAUUAACGGGGACUGGCGGCAUUCAAAUUACUCACCUACAGAAAGAGAUGAAAGUGGUAAUCUAAACAAUAUACUUGUGCUCAGUGAGCCUGCCAGCAUAAAGCACACUGUUCAUCAAAAUCAGAAGGAUAUCAACAUUGUGCGAGUUAUCGAGAGGGGGCUUACGGAGAGUGAGAGAUUCACUCUCGCUAAAGCCGGUCGCUGCAUAGCUUUCUCUGUCUGCCCGCAGAGAUUGGCUCCUAAGUAAAACUACAUUGCCUGCUAAACAAGGUUAAGAUUCGACAUGGUAUGCUGUUCUCUUCCCUACCAGAGAUGUCCUUAUGCUACAACGUGGGGAUGCUUACUUGGCAUCAUAUUCUUACCUCCCAAGACCUCAUAUAAUACGCCGCUGUGGGUUACAAUCACAACUCAGUGUAUGGAGGUGGCAAAAUACGUUGUGCCGCAAAGAAGCAUAAAGAACAGGUGAAUACUACAUGCUGCUGCUGCUGUUGGUGUCAUUGGGCCAUACAUAAAAGUGACAGACGAAGCAAGUUAGAAACUGCAAAGGAUAUGCAGCAUGCAGGCGUUGCUGGCGUAGAUAAGCUACUGUUACUGCUAUCGCAAUACUUGGGCUGAAUCAAUUAAUAAACUUGCUAUGAUUCUUCAAAAAUGGGGGAAAAGAGAUUUGUUAUGUAUCUUUGUGUUGAGUGAAUAAUGAGGAAGUUUUGCAUUAUGGAAUAUAGGUGUUUACUUUGCUCUAAUCAAGCUUAGGCCAAGUGUGUUCUUAUUUAUCGACUACAUGGGCUCUCCUGAUAUGCAGUUGAUGACAACAGUAUAGGUAAUAUAAUGGUAGGGUAGGUGUUUCAUUUCUUAAGCGCAACUGCAGAAAAGAAAACAAACAAGAAGACACAGAAGCCGACACCGGCUUAUGUGACUUUGUGGGAGAAGUAGUGGUAUGCUUGCAGCGUAGAUGGCACAAGAAUGUUGACACUAUGGCACUUGCUUCGAAAAUUGCAUGAAGUAUAUAUAUGUGCAUUCAGACUAUAACCAACCGGUGCAGAGCUGCCUAAAGACCCUUUUUUUCCAGAGAAGAAAUGUUGAUUCAUUCAUCCACAGAAACACACAAAAUGGUCGUCAGCCUGGAUUACAAGAGGGGCUGGAUUAAACUCUCGACGAUCUUCAUUAGGACGGCGAUUCACCUCAAUCGCAUUCCUAGCUCUCGUUCUCACAGUAACACAAGAAGAAUCCCAUCAUCCAGUACUAUUUGUUAAUGGGGAUUUUGUGGGGAGUAGAAAAGUCCAAAAGAGCAGAACAAAGGGAUAAGGGCAGUGAGGUAUAUGGAAGUCUGAUCCCUGUGGAGUUGAAGCAUAGCCAUGUUUUGGAGAUCAGCCCAGAUAGGGCCUUAUCCCCUCUCCCUUCACGGCCAUGAAGUUGUGUAUCUGCAGAGUGAGGAAGACAUGUCGAAGGACUACCAGGAAGCCAUCAAGGGUCUUGAGAAGCUCCUCAGUGAGAAAGGAGAGCUGAAGGCGGUGGCAGCAGCCAAAGUGGAUCAGAUCAAAGCUGAGCUCUCCACUGCUUCCUCUGGCACCAAGCCAUUCGAUGCUGUUGAGAGGAUCAAAGAAGGCUUCAUUACCUUCAAGAAGGAGAAAUACGAGACGAAACCUGCACUGUACGGCGAGCUUGCCAAAGGGCAGAGCCCCAAGCAGUACAUGGUGUUUGCCUGCUCGGAUUCGAGGGUUUGCCCAUCCCACGUUCUGGAUAUGCAGCCCGGAGAGGCUUUCGUGGUCCGCAAUGUUGCAAACAUGGUUCCUCAAUUCGACCAGGUGAAAUAUGCCGGUGUUGGAGCUGCGGUAGAGUACGCAGUGCUGCAUCUCAAGGUGGAGAACAUAGUGGUGAUUGGACACAGUGCUUGUGGUGGAAUCAAGGGUCUCAUGUCCUUCCCAUUCGAUGGCACUACUUCCACUGAAUGGAUGUGCAGUGAUUUCAUAGAAGACUGGGUAUCAAUUGGGAUCCCUGCCAAGAAGAAGGUGUUGUCUGACAACGGCAGUGCUGCUUUUGGUGACCAAUGCACCACCUGUGAGAAGGAGGCCGUGAACGUGUCGCUGGCGAAUCUGCUGACAUAUCCAUUUGUGAGAGACGGGUUGUCGAAGAAGACACUGAAACUGUAUGGAGGAUACUAUGACUUCGUUAAUGGAGGGUUUGAGCUGUGGAGCCUUGAGUACGGCCUUUCUCCACCGAUUUCAGUAAAAGAUGUGGCCACCAUUCUCCACUGGAAGCUCUACUAGGGACUUUGGAUGAAAUUCCAUGGUUGACAUAUGGGCUCUUUUAUUAGAUUUUCUGGCCUUCAAUUUGUUACUUUCAAGAGUUGAAGAGAGUGAGGUGGUUUCCUUACUCAACAGAAUAAUUAUAACAUACAAAUAUCUUAAGACAUUGUUCGAUGUUUGUAAAAUCAUUUGUUGGGACCCAAUUUUCAAU